UUAACGUGUAACCACACGCCAUCCCCUCCACCCCCAAAGCCACCGGUGCCCACAUGCAGGCCACUUUGGGUGGGUCACACGUUGACAUGGACACCCGGGAAGAGGGGCUGCCUGGAAAACCUCGCUUUUCAGCUCAACAGCCGCAUGUGGGCAGGUGGCUGAGCCCGUUCUUCCUCACCUGUGCCGUCUACUUUCUCCUCUGGAGCCCUGAGAACCAGCCGUCCUGGGUCGGUGCCCUGAUCAAGUGCCUGCCCAUCCUCUACCUGGUGGUGUUCCUGUGGACCGUGUACCCCGGCGGGAGCUACAGCUUGCUCCUUCAGGGGGCCCUUCUGUGCUCAGCUGUGGGGGACUCCUGCCUCGUCUGGCCUGAGGCCUUCCUCCAUGGCAUGGCUGCCUUCGCCGUGGCCCACCUGCUCUACCUCUGGGCCUUCGGCCUCACUCCCCUGAAGCCUGGCCUCCUGCUGCCUAUUCUCCUGGCUUCCAUCCCAUAUUAUGGCCUCCUGCUUUGGCACCUCCCGCCUGACAUGGUCCUGCCCCUGACGGCUUACUCCCUGGUCCUGGCCGUUAUGCUGUGGCGUGGCUUGGCCAGGGGCGGGAGUACCUGCUGGGGCGCCCUGCUCUUCACGCUUUCAGAUGCCGUGCUGGCCUGGAACCUCUUCGUCCAUCCCCUGCCCCAUGCCCACCUGGUGGUCAUGGCCACUUAUUAUGCUGCCCAGGUCCUCAUCGCCCUGUCGGCCUUCCAGAGCCCCAGGCUCAAGUCCAACUGACCAGGGGCUGAGGCAGGCAGAUGUCCACCCCCCUCCUCCCUCAAGGACCUGGGCCCCCAAGAUCAGUGAGGCCAGAGAAACACCCUUGGGGGUGAGAGCCAGUCCCCCAGACUCCCAUCUGCCAGUGCCAGUCUAUCUGGAGACACAGAACUGUUUCUGGCCCUGAUCUGUUUUUCUGUUGCCUAAGUAAAGUGGGUGUUGCAAUGGU